AUGAUCUUCACGGGUCUCAGCUCCACGGUUCUUCUGGCCUCUUUGCUCACCCUCACCGGGCUUUGCUCCGCUCGCUCCGACCCACCGAGGGGAGUCGCGGUCGGGUUUGUUUUCGACCCAAAAGCGACGUGCGACCCUCCGUGCCAACACGCAGGAGUCUGCAUCCGGAACAAUACAUGCUACUGCUCCCGGGGUUAUGAAGGAGAGACCUGCCAGUAUGCCAACUGUUAUCCCAAAUGUAAAAACGGAGGAGAGUGUCUUCGGCCUGGAAAAUGCAGAUGUCCUCCUGGAUUUGGAGGAAGAUACUGUCACAAAGUGACGUGUGACGGGGGAUGCUGGAACGGAGGGGAAUGCACCGCUGUUAACGGAGUGGCCAAGUGCAUCUGCCCCUCGAGCUGGGCCGGCUCCAAAUGCCAAGAAGCGAUUUGUCCCCAAGGCUGCAGGAACGGGGGAAUCUGUGUGGCUCCGGGAAUCUGCAGCUGUCCGGAUGGGUGGCUGGGCGGUGCCUGCCAUACCGGUGAGUUCAACAUUAACACAUUAAUAGAUAGAGAUGUGGAGACUUGCCUGAAUGGAGGGAAGUGUAUUUCUCCUAACAAAUGCCGCUGUCGUCCCCCUUACUCUGGCGCCCGCUGUGAGGAGAGGAAGAAUUCCCACUAA